AUGUUGCAGUACACCGUCCAGCCGUUCCCCAUCCCGUCUCAGCCCUCUCUUCCCAAACCAAAGGACAAGGAUAAUAUCAGCAAUGACUCUACUUCUUCGCUCCGUUCUACUACUACAGCGCAUAAUGACUCUUCGCACCCCGCCGUGACCGCUCCCCGCGAGCGGCGCGGGCCCAUGGGCGUCUUCCAGCGUAGUGCUAUCAAGCGUCUUCCGUCUUCUGGCCAUGACAACAACAACAACAACUACAGCUCGAUUCCGACUCCGUCUGCCUUUGCAUGUAUCCCUCAUCCCCACGCAAUCCCGCUUUCCAUUUCUACUGCUUCAAAUACGUCUUCCAAGCCUUCUUGUAUCCCUCCUUCCCCCAAGUCUUCCCUGCCUCCCUCUCCUGUUGUCCCGACACCAUCUGCUCAGGUCGCCAAGCAUGUCCCACGAUCCCCGUACCUCUCUUCGCCCCGCCCUACGUCCUCCCCCGUGCCCCGCGACAUCGACAGCCCCCGGCCCCCGGCUCGUCGCUUCUCGACCUCUUCCUCGUCCGGCGUGCAAGACGUCCUCUUCCCAGGCGACAUUGUCGGCGAAGGACUCGAACUCGAUGACGAGAUCGUCCGCCGCGUGCCCAUCGACGCGAGCACCAACGUGCUCUCCACCUCGGCUCCCAUGGACGUCCAGGAGCCCGCACGCGAGUUCGAAGUCGUCCGCCGGCUCGGCACCGGGAGCUACGCCGUAGUGUACCUGGUCAGAGAGGUGCUCAGCCGCAGCGUUCCCAGCGAUAGCGGGCACGGACAUGUCUCCGCUGUCGGCGCCAUCGACCUCGAUGAUAGUUUCAGCUCAAAGUCGAUGGGCGGGGUCCACAUUGAGUAUGGAAAGGAGUACGCGAUGAAGUGUCUCUCCAAAGCGAACCUCGACGAGGAGGCUUUGGAAGCGCAGAUGACCGAGGUGACGAUCCAUCAGUCUCUCCCGCCUCACCCCAACAUUGUGACGCUGCACCGGACGAUGGAGACCGAUUCGUACUUGCUUCUUCUUCUCGAGUUUGUCCCUGGUGAAGAUCUUUUCUAUUUCUUGGAGCAGUCCCGCGAUCACUACUCUCCUCAACCUCCUUCCAACCCCUGCACCCCUCCUCUCACUCCGUCCUCCGAGUCCAGCCCGUCGUCGACGAGCUCUCCCCCGACUCCGCCAACCCCUGGUCUUUUGGGCUCCCACAACCCCACGACCCUCCUCUCCCGCACGCGGCUGAAGCUGGUAGCCAGUAUGUUCGCGCAGAUGUGCGAGGCCGUCGCAGCCAUCCACGACGUGGGUGUCUUCCACCGGGACAUCAAGCCGGAGAACUUCAUUGUCACCGACGGUUGGUCCGAGAAGGAGCCCGGGAAGGAGCGCGAGAGGAAGGUCGUGGUGAAGUUGUCCGAUUUUGGGCUGAGCACCAGAGAUUGGGAGAGUUCUGAUAUGGACUGUGGGAGUGCGCCCUACAUGAGUUACGAAUGCAGAAAUAAUGUAGCCCCUACUUACUUGCCCCGCGGUGCUGACGUCUGGUCACUCGGUAUCGUCCUGAUUAACAUGCUGUAUCACUUUAAUCCAUGGACAGACACGACCGAAGGCGCCUGCCCGUCCUUCACCCUGUUCCGCCAGCACCCCGUCCCGUUCCUCGUGCACCGCUUCCCGGGCAUGACCGAGCCUGUCGCGAAGUAUCUUGCCGAGAACGUCUUCUGCAUCCUCGACGACCCGCAGGACGACUCGAAGCGGGUGUCCGCGCGGGCGUUUGGGAAGUGGGCGCGGGACCUGCCCGCGCUGUUCGGCGUGGACGGCGAGGCGAGCGGCGGACACAGGCGUGUCGUGAGUGUCAGCAGCGUGCAGGGCCACCCGAUCAGCUCGACGCCGUGCUCGCGCAGGCCGAGCUCAAGGCAAUCGAGGCAGACGAGCCGGCAGGCAAGUCUCUCACGGGCGACUGGCGCGUUGGGAUCGAGGCAGCCCAGUCUGGGCCCCGCAUUGGAGGAGGAAAGACCGGAAGAGUUGCGCUUGGAGACGACCGUGUUGCAGGAAGUCGAAGAGAAUGAAGCGGAGGAGCGCGAGGCGGAGGUGGAGACUGCUUCGAGGUCUACGUCUACCACGAAGAGGCGAAAGAGAGGCGCGAGGAAGGGCAAGGGCGCUGCUAUGUCACCUCUUGCUACCAAUGCUCCUAGCGUUGUCGGCGGCGCUAGUGGGCCCGAGGAGGAGAAUGGGACCUUGGAGACGUUGGCCAGCGCUUCGCAGGCCCUGGCGAGGGAGCUCAGCCGCACGUCUCGGUCAUCGUCGUUCGUUUCUGGUUUCAACUCGCCGACGGAUUCGUUCGCGAGCAUCCCGUCUGUCACGCCGUCUGUCCAGCCCGCGGUUUCGAAGAAGGCGUCCAAGUGGAAGCUGGGCUUUGGGCGGACCAGCUCGUCCGCGUCGUCCGCUGCACGCACGUCGUCCGUGGAUCGCGCUGUGGACAUGGAGAGCACCGCGAGCUUCGGAACCGGCAAAGUAAUGUCCGCUACUGCAAGCAACGUCACGAGUCUCAUUAUGGGUUUGGAGGCUCCUCAGGUUCACCACCAUUCUGCCCCGGCGGACCGUCAAGAGCCUUGGUCCCGCGGUCGUCGCUACCAGACUCAGGAAUCCGGCUUCGCUCUUGGUACCCCCCAGCCUCCUUCCCGCUACGAAGGCGGCUCGGGCACCUGGGGCCCUUCGUCGUCGGCUAACAUCGAACGCUGGGCCAACAACGUCGAGAAGCGCGGGACCUCACCCACAAGCAUGCGCAGCGGCCGUCAGGUAGCUUCAAGCUCUAGCUCGAUGGCCUCGAGCAACUGGCGCAGCUCCAUGUUAUCGACUGCCAGCAGCGCUGGCACGUCGACAUCGGCGUUCACCAAGUACAGCAACGGUAGCAAGGCGAGCGUCUCUACUGUGGCGACUAGUGUCUCGUCUAGUAGCUGGAGGAAUCCCGCCCCUAAGCCUCAGGUCCCCGUAGGCAGAUCACCGUAUGGACAAGACCGUCCUCGGGAUAUUCCCGCGAACGUCAAGUUCAUGACCGGUGUGCCAUGGGAGCUGCAUGAGCUUCCUCGCCAGUUGCACCCUAAGCCCGUGGGUGAUAUCUUCGGGCAGCCCCCUGUUCGCAAGGCGCGUACGCGCAAACCGAAUCCGAACUUGGACACCAUCACCGAGCGCGCUGGGCAUAAUAUCAAGCCAUUGACGGUUAACCAGAGGCGCGAUGCAUCCACUAGUACCACGGACCUCAACGGUGAUGCUUCUCCUGGAGACGAGGAGUUCCCCGAAGGCAGCCCUAAGAAAGUUCAGAAGGGGCAGAUCAAUGCCCUGGCCAAGAUGCUUUCCGCUCUUCGGCGCUAG